AUGUCUCUCCAACGUCUCGGUUUCGCUGCUUGCGCUCUGUUCCUCGGUGCCAGAGCGAUCGACACCAUUACUGUUCCGAAUGUCAUCACUGCUGAUGUCCCAUUCACUCUCACCGUCACGCCCAAGGAUGAUACUCCAGGAAACUACAGAAUCUACCUUGAUACUACACCGCCCGGCUAUGCCGGUGGUCAAUCUUGCUACCUUAAAAACAUGACUUCCACAGACAUCACAGCAGUCAACCUGACCAUUCCCGCUAACUUUGGACCCAACGGCGACUUCUACUCCAUCUCAACCCGCGAUCUUUCCGACUCGGACACUGAUGCCAGUUACGUCUUCAGCAAUGCCUUCAAUCUCACUGGCGCAAGCGGAAACUACUCGGAGUACGAGAACAAACUGAACGGCGCCCCUCUCUGGGAUGCCAACAGUCUUCCCUGCACUGCCUACAACUGCGCCCGUAACUGUGCUCAAGACUCUUACCCUAAGGACAUGAUCCCUGGCUCUGAUGCUUUCAACACUAUGCGCGCUUGCAUCAUGAAGUGUCCUGGUGUGGAGGCAGAGACAAAGACUUCUUCGGCAACCUCUAGCACUGCUACUAGCACCAAAUCUGGCUCUGGCUCAUCUGCUUCCGCUUCUGCUACUGGUACCUCCACUUCUAACGAUGCUUCUUCUGCUUCUGGAAGCUCUGGUGCUGCUGCCACUUCUUCUGGUGCUGCUGUUUUGAACACGGUUCCUGCUUCUUUUGUCGCUGUUGGAGGACUUGCCGCUUUCUUUUUGUAA